AUGGUGAAGCGGAACACAAGUGACAAUUUGCAGCAGUUUGUGACAGGUCAGCAAGCUGUAGAACGUGAUGAACGUGAAAGGACAAGAGAUGAGAGACAGGCUGAGGCUGCUAGGCAACAUGAGAUACAAAUGGAGAAGAUUAGAGAGGAACAGGCUGAGAGAAACCAUGCACGCAAGCUAGACUUGAUUAAAGAAGAAGCAAAGGGACAGAAUGAGGGAGUAAGGGACAUUCCACGUAUGCAUGCAAAUGCCGUUAAAGGACCUAAAUUACCUGCUUUUGAGGAAGGAAAAGAUAACAUGAACUCUUACAUUAAUCGGUUUGAGAGAUAUGCCAUAGUUCAAGGGUGGAAGAAGGAGCAAUGGGGAGCCAACCUUAGUGCGUUGUUAAAGGGUAGAGCCUUGGAUGUGUUUUCCCGCCUUCCCAUGGAACAAUCUUUGGAUUUCGAGGAGUUAAAGAAAGCAUUGCUGACGAGGUUCGAACUAACUGAGGAAGGAUUUUGGAAGAAGUUUCGUUCAACACGGCCUGAAACGGGAGAAACAUUGACUCAGUUUGCUUUUCGAUUAGAUAGCUAUUUUAUGAGAUGGUUAGACAUGACAAGGACGGCCAAGGACUUUGAAUCCCUCAAAGACUUGAUGAUAAGAGAUCAAUUCAUUCACUGUUGUGGAAAGGAUUUAGCAUUGUUUCUUAAGGAGCGAGUUCCAAAAGCCAUGCAUGGGAUGUCUAUGUUAGCAGACCAGUAUGCUGAAGCGAGAGGGUCUACGUCAGGUAUGAUGUCUGGGAAAGCAAGUAGCAAACCUAUGGAGAGGACUUCGUCCCAGAACGUGACCAAUACUUCUGACAGCAAGAUUGGAAAAUCGGGAAACCACAAUAGCAACAGACAGUGUUAUUCAUGUGGAAAGAUGGGACACCUAUCGUUUGAGUGUAGAAACAAGAGACCGGGAAACACCAAGAAUGUUGCAGCAGUGACUGUAGAUUCAUCAACGACAACGUGUAAUCGUCAAACAUCGACAAGAGGUAAAGGUACCAGAAAACGAGGUAGUAGAGGACGUGGUAAAAGUGAAGAGACUGUGGCCAGUCUGAGCAACUCUUGUGACUCUGGAUUGGGUAAGAGGUCACGACCUGUGAGUAGAGGGUAUGUUGGUGAUCACUCUGUGACUGUACUGAGGGACAGUGGUUGUGAUGGAGUUGUUGUAAGGAAAAGUUUAGUGGAAUCACAUCAGCUGACCGGGAAGAUUCAGACUUGUUACCUGGCAGAUGGAACGCCAAUCUUCGCACCAGUUGCAAAUGCCUUUGUGGACACACCAUUCUUGACAGGUCGUGUGGAAGUGUGGACACUUGAGUCGCCAUUAUAUGACCUCAUCAUUGGAGAUGUUGAAGGUGCGAGAGAACCUAAGGAUCCAGAUCCAGAAUGGAAGGUUAAAGAACCUGUUGUACAUGCGGUGGAAACUAGAGCUCAAAGGAAGGAAACAGAGAAACACUAUAGGCCAAUGAAAGUACCAUCAGCAUUACAGGAUUGUACGAUAGAUGACCUAAAGCGUGAGCAAAAGGAUGACAAGUCACUUAGUAAGAUGUGGAGGCUCGCGGAGACAGCUGAAGUUUGCGAACGAAAUGAUGUAAAGAAGAAGGAUGGCACGAACCGGUUCUGCAUCGAUUUCCGCCAACUCAACCGAGUAACCAUUUUUGACGCAGAACCGAUGCCUAACACAGAGGAUAUGUUUUCUCGGCUUGGAGGUUUCCGAUACUUUUCGAAGUUGGACCUCACCAAAGGGUAUUGGCAGGUACCGAUGGCUGAAACAGCGAAGGAGAAGACCGCGUUCAUCACUCCAGUGGGACUGUUUCAGUUUCGUGUGAUGCCCUUCGGUCUGGUAAACGCCCCAGCGACAUUUUGCAGACUGAUGAGGAAAGUUCUAGAUGGGUUGCGAAAUGUCGAUAGUUUUGUAGAUGACAUUCUGAUCUAUACGCAUUCCUUUGAAGAGCACAUGUAUGUUCUUAAAGAUCUGUUCCGGAGACUACGAAAGGCGGGAUUGUCAGCACGACCAACAAAGUGUUUCAUAGGAUAUCGAUCACUGGAAUGUCUGGGGCAUGUUGUCGAUGACCAGAGAUUGGAACCACAACCUGAAAAGAUAAGUGCAAUUGAACAAGCGCUGAGACCUGAGACAAAGACACAGUUGAGAUCAUUCCUUGGUUUAGCUGGGUUUUACCGGAAGUUUAUCGCAAACUUUGCAUCUAUUGCAGUACCUUUAACGGAGUUGACCAAGAAGGGGUUCCCAAAUAGAUUGGAAUGGGGUGAUAGUCAGGAGAAGGCAUUUGAAACUUUGAAGAGGGCAUUGACAGCAAAACCUAUUCUAAAACUUCCUGAUCUCAAUGAGGAUUUCAACUUCAGGACAGAUGCAUCUGAUACCGGAUUAGGGGCG